AUGUUCUCCUCUAUCUUCUCAACAUCCCCGCCAGUCGACCCAAAGGCGCCUAAUUUCCAUCCAGUAUCGUCCGCACAUGGCGUCUCAGACUUGUUUGGUGAGCUCGAGCCCAAGGACACCGAAUGGACUUGCCCGGGAGGGUUUGCAGUGGAGACCCAAAUUUGGUACCAUGCAUUGGACGACGGGACGUCUUUGAUGUGCCAGGUCAUCCAUUCCUCCGUCGGCGUGUGGUAUCCUACCAUCCAAUUUACUUGCAAGAUCUACAAUCCCGCAACCAACGAGCGUACCUGGAAAUCGAUCAAUGUCAGCAACUUCGUCACUCCGCCUCCCGGACUGGACAAGCGUUCUAGCAAGGCGGAUCAGUUCAGUAUCACCCACCGCUCGAAUCCGGGAUCCGACACACCCGAGUCGUACAGUAUCCGCGUCAACCUCGAUAAUGACUUACAGAUCUCGCUAGAGGUCACUCGUCCUGCCUCUGCGCCUGGCUGGAAGGUGGGCAAAGGCCCCAAGGGUGGCUUUUCCUACUUCGGACACGAUCCGGAACACGCAGAAGGCUAUGUCGUCCAUCGUUUCUGGCCGAUGGAUCUCGCGACCGGGACGAUCAUCCAUAAGGGUCAUGCCAAGCAGGUCUCAGGCCCAGGCAUGUUCGUGCAUGCCAUUCAAGGCAUGCGACCAAACCUCGUCGCGGCGCGGUGGAACUUUGCGCACUUUGUGAGCGCCGAACUCGGAGGCUGCUCUGCGAUUCAGAUGGAGUUCACUACAAUCGACGCGUAUGGGCGGCAGGGUGCUGGCUCCGGGUUCGUCACCGCCAACGUUGGUUCGCUUGUGCUCGGCGGAAAGCUCGCAGCGGUCACGGCGGAAACGAAAUGGCCGGACGAGACAUUGCCGGAGUCUGCGGAUGUCGUGUCGCGUGCGGCACACUCAAAGACGGCGCUGGACGCAGAGACGGGCUACAAUGCACCAACGGAGCUCGUCUUCCAAUGGGCGGCGCCCUCGAUUAUUGCGGAGGCACAAGGGCCAGUUGAUGCGACGCUCAUCAUCGACGUCGGCUCACCUGACGCGUACAAGGGCCUGGUUGAGAAGGUCGACGUGCUUGCGGAGAUCCCGUACGUGAUCAAGACGAUGGUGAAUUACGUGGCUGGCACGAAGCCGUACAUCUAUCAGUGGUACAACCCUGCAACGCUGCAGGUGAAUGUACCCGCUGGUCUGAUUCCAGACGUCUCUGGGCCUGCCUCGAUCAACGGAACACUGUACAAUGAAGCCACCUUCAUAUCCUAAGUGUAUACCAUACGCAUCCUUCCACGCACUGUCGAUGAUAUCUGAACAAGACUUGUGUACAUUCGUGUUUGUUGUAAAUGUGAAACUGGAGGAAAUAUAGUCAUGUGUUAAGCCCC